AGCCCACAAAGAGUCCAGGCUCCCACAGCAGUUGCCUGAAAGGUAAGAGGGCAGGGGUGUCUGGGAGGGGGGCCUGGCUCCCUGACCGCUCCUGUCUUGAUGACAUUAGGCUGAGGGCCCUGGGUUCCAAACAAAGUAAGGAUGGUCCCUCUACUUCAGGGGAUGCAGGUAGCAGAGGCUCUUCAGCCCUCCUGGUAAGCAGCCCCUUGGGCUAGGGAGCUCUUCUCUCUGACUGCCACGUGCAUGUGAUUUGGGUCCUCCCUUUUAAAGGGCCACCCCUCUCCAAGUUUGACAGGCUUCCCACCUGUGCCAGGUUGGGGCUGACUGUGCCCAGCUGAACUCUGUAACCCCUUCCUGCCUAAGGGGUGAGAACUGGCCUGUCCCACCACAGGAACAUAAAGGGUUCACAUCUCCCAGGCAGCAGGCACCGAGCCAGGCACCCAGAGCACUCCUGCAGCUGGUUGGGUGGCCAUAAGGAUUCCUUUCCUUCCACCCCCAGGUAGGGACAGAAGCUUUUUCCUCACCCUCCCUAUUUCAAAAAGGGGGGAGUGCGCUUAGGUGCUGAGUAUGAAGCUGUCCUCAUUGAAAAGGGCCUCCUUUGGCAAAGGUACCUGAUGGGCCUGCCAAAGUCAGGAUUGAACCAGGUACCUCUAGGCAGUCAGUGCUAUGUUUGUCCGAGGGCACUGAAAUGCUGGACUUUGGCUUUUUCUCUCAGGGGAAGGGCCUUGGUAAUGUGCCAUGAAGCUUUAGUGCAAAACUUGCUUGAGACUUCAACUAUCACAGCUGCUGUGCAGGUUCCUCUAGCAGCUCUCCCGCCCAGAGCCAAAGCCUUGGAUCAACAACCCCGCUGCUUCCCCUAGUGCUACGAGGAAUGAGCCACCCAUGCACUGCAGGUAUUUCCGAGUUGGGCCAACGCACUCACCAGGAAUUGACCCCCUCCCCUCCUACCCUAGUCUGGCAGGUAGCCCUAGACCAGCACAGCCUGUGGUGUGCCUGAGUGUCUGGAUUUCUGAACGCCCACAUGGGAAAUGCCUUUAUUUUCACAUGCUCUUUUCGGGGGCUGGCUCCACAGCCUGUUUCUUGCAGAAAGGAAUUGGUUACCUAACACUCAUCCUGCCUGGUAGAUUCUGUAUGAGUGUACACAGGAUUAUAGUCCUAGGGCCAUGGCUCUUUGCCUCCCACUCAGACCUUGACCAUAUUCAGCCCAAAAUCCCACAGUGCAAUCUGACCUUGGUCCACCAUAGCCAAGACAUUCAGUGAUGUCUACUGGCCUGUGUGCCAGGGGAAGAGGGCGAACCAUUACUGAGUGACAGCAAUAAAAGCACUGUGUUAGCAUAUGAGUGAGGGGUCACAUAUCCCUCUGGUGGCCCAUGUGCAUGGGAUGAAUUUGUGGCUGCAGAAGGGUCCCCAGGAUGCUGUGGCAGAGCUUUGGUUGGGGCCCCAGUGUUGGUCACCUGUAGGUCUAGUGGCAACUGGUAUCCUUGGCAGCCUACACUAGCCAAGAGUCAAACAGGGUGGGACAGGACAGGGGGGGCUGCCAGCUAACACCCAAAGCCUUUCAAUCACCAGAAUAUUCCAGCCCAGCGUGAUCCCUGUCCCUGCAUCUCACAAACCCUUCAGCAUAUCUGGCCAUGUCUGUGCCAGCGCAGCAGAGAAUGAGGUGGAUUCCCAUCCCAUGAGCUCCCCCCACAUCCUGGACAGCCAACAACACCUAGCUGCAACUUCCCUGGGCUAGGUCAGAACCGGUGACCUGGCCAUGAGUCCCUGGCCCCGGCCCCCUUCCUGCCUCCCUCUUCCAGCCCUUGCUGGCUGUUGGUGGCUUCCAGAUUCCAGCUCUGGUGACCAAAGCUCAGCAUCUGGCCUCCCCUUUUAGGCCCUGGGGUGGGGAGGAGAGAGGGGAAUAUUGGGGUUGAAGCGACUAGGACUAUAGUCCAGGGGAAUGUGAAUGUGUCAGGCAUUGGGACUGGCCCCAGGAGCUGCUCCAAUAAGUUUGAGUCAAAUAAAAGCUGCUCAGGCAGAGUCCUGCUGCCAGGGAGGGCUGCACUCGUAUCUAGCCCUACUCUGCCCCCGAGCCAAGGCUCACCAGGGAGCGGGUGCAAAUAGAAGACUCUAAACACAGUGUGACUUGGGAGGAGCCAGCAGUGUGACAUUUAUGUGCAUUGAGGUCCUUGCCGGUGCCUCCUGAGGCAGUUUGAUUUCUUUCCUUCCAAGAGACCCCCUCUGCCCUUUCUCCCCCCUACCCCUACCCGCCCCCCCCGCCGGCCUCUGAGUAGUUAGGGCUGAGGCUGUUUAGUGUAUCAGACUGGUGAGGGGAAGUGCUGAAGCAGAGGCUAAGGUGUCCAAGCUUUGCAGCCCUGAAGACCAUACUGGAACCUAUAACAUCCAAGGACUGGAUCAUGUGCUCUGAUGGGGAGGGAAAUGCUGUAGCUGGUGUUUAAACUGGACUAAGAAAAGUCUGGGGUCUGUCAUUGUUCAUGGAAGGUUAAAGCGGGGAACUGGGAGACAGGACUCCUGGGUUCCAUUCCAGCUCUGUUCUGGACUUGUUGUGUGACCUUGGGCAAGUAACUUUCCCUCUGAGGCUAUAUCUCAGUUUCCCUACCUUGGGCUUUGUCUGUGGGUGGAACAUGGUGAAGGUGCCACAUUUAAAUACAGUCACACUGCCCUUUGCCAGCAGCCAGCUCAUCUGGGAUGCAACUCAGAGGCCUCAUUUGGGGUAGGAUAUACACCCUCUGUCAUCCCACGUGCUUGGAGCUGUGCCUGUGGUCUCCAUGGCCUGCUCUGGCCUGUAUGGGAUGCUGCAUGCUGGGAUUUGCAGGCUCUGGGAGCUGCAACAUGCUUUGCAGCUGGCGUCACUCUAUAGACCUUUCUGGGCCUCCUCUGAAGGGCUGAUUUUCUGAGGCUUUGGAAGCUGCAAGUGGUUGAACAUCUCUUAUUCUCCAGCUCUCACACCACUCCUUUGCCCUCCCACACAAGCUGUCCACUGGCAAAGGAGCUAUGCGGAAGAUGCUUUCCCCUCUUCCUGAGUUUCACAGGCAGCUAGCUCUGGCGAUUUCAACAUGAGCUUCCCAACAACUGGUAGUUUUUCUUAAAGCCUGGGCUCCUGGAGUCAGGAUGACAUGAGACUCAGUUGCAUUUUAAAAUCCAUUCCUAGCCCUGGUAGUUGUGGAGAAAAGCUGGAAAACGUGACCACCAAAGGCUCCGAGACCAGGAGACCAACGGGGAGAAGAAGCCAAAUGUAGGAUUUCUAAAAAUCCCCUGAGGUUUAAGCCAACCUCAUGGUCUGGAGGCACAACUUGUGCUCUUGCUCUCUGCCCCUCAAGUCAGGACGCUUUUCUUUGUCCAGCAUGAGAAUUUAUAGAGGAUCCCUAACUGCUGGGCGGGCUGGGAGCCUCCCUCCGGGCUUCAUUGGCCAGAAGGCACAAGGGACUCCAGACACCUGCAGCCAAUGGGACGCCCGGGAUCGGUUUAAAGGGCGCCCCUGCAGCCCUACAGAAGGUGAUGCGGGCGCCCUGCUAGGCCAGCCGGGCGGAGGGGGUGGUAGCAGGAGGCGCGGAGUGUGUCUGUACCAGGCCAGACAGGUGACCCCCCCUGGGGACGCCACCCCCAGCCCGCACCUCUCUGCAAAGGUAAGAGCUCCGCUGUCCCUGGCAAGCGCCUGCCCCUCUCCCGGGUUAGUCUCCUGCAGUUCAGUCCUGGGUCUGGCCAGUUCGAGGGACAGACGCCCCUCCCUGCUCGGGCACUGCCCCAAGGGGCUGCUGUUCCCUAGCACCCAGGCUGCGAGGCACGCAACGAGCUCAUCGGGUGGGCUGGACAGAUGUGCAGGCAUCGGGUUUGGAUCUGGAUCUCGUCUGAACGUGGCGCCUUUCCUGAUCUGCCCCCAAAAGAAAGGCUGGGUGGGGAGAGCAGGUCUAGGGGCGUGGGGGGUUGGCCUUGCAAUGCUGGCUCCGUCGGGAGGCACCAGGAGCUGGAGCUAUGGAUCCGCACCUAUCCGUGCCUCUAGCCUAAUUGCGUAACCAAUGUUACGUUCACUUUGUGGGUGGUGGCAGAGGGGGUCUCUCAGACGUUAGGAGCUUUGAGGGCUCUUCAUCCCCUGCCUGGGUGGGGAGGGGGAGAUUGCCUUCAGCAGAGGGCCUGGGGCUUGGCCAGGAACUCUUGUGUCCUGGCUCUGUGUGACCUGGAGAGACUAGCUCUGUGCCUUUCCCUGUCUGUAGCAGGCUACGCUUGACAUUGCCCUGCCUCCCAGGUGGCAGUAACCCCUGAGUGCAGUGCAGUCAGGGACUCAUGAAGCCAGCUGUGGGUCCAGCUGUGUCAGGCAUAGAGUGGAAGGGCCACUCUUGUAGAUGCCCCCGGUUGGCUCUGCCUGGCUCCAAGCUGCCUGCUGUAAGGUUUGCUGAAGAGCCCAGGAGCCGUUGAGUGAGAGGAGACUUUUUGAGCUGCCCUGUCCUGCCACCUCUCUGGUCUGCCGGGCAGCUAGCAAUGGGUCUGGUUCUCCAGGCUCUCUGCCACACUUGUGGCUGCUGUUCCAUUCUCAAGCUGCUAGUGCCUGGGGCCACCCUGAGCCGCCUUCCCCUGUGGCAUUGUGUUCCCUGUUUGCUGUGCAGCAUGCCCGGUCUGUCGGUGCACUACCAUAAUGAGAGACAAUGUGAGCCCUUUAGUGGCAGCAUUUGGCUACCUGUGGGAACAGGAGGCUGCCUCAGCACUUUGUUUUCUACACUGCACGUCCCAGGUGAGCAGGGCAGAGCCAGCUGCCAGUGUAACUCAUCUCUCAGCAGAUGGAUUCUGUUUUGUUUGCAGGUGGCAACUGCUCGGUCUUUCUUUGUCUCUGUGCUGGCUGCACAGCUCCGUCCACUGCCUGCGGGGCUGGGGAGCAGGGGACUCCAAGUCUGGGCACUGCGCUCACUCAGCGCAAAAGGGGAAUGUGCAUUUGAGGAGUGUUUUCCAAGGGUGAGAACCAGCUGAUUCCUUGGCGCUCCCUGGGUAGGUCCCUGUACUGUAUCAGUUUCCCAGGUGUAAAUGCAGAUGGUAACGCAUGGUUGGAAGGUGCUUUGAGCAGAGCUGGUUGGGACUGGAGGGAGCGUGUCAGCAGAGGAUGCCCAUCCUCAUCUCGCCCGACAUCGCUGCCCAGUUCAAGGAGAAAUGGCUGCUGCUGCACCCUGAGGACCAGGACAAUGUGGGUGGGGCUGUGACCUUGGAUGACAGCCUCACCAACUUGCAGUGGCUCCAAGACUUUUCCAUCGUCACCACUGAUCCGGAGAGACCACCUGUCCCCAGCUAUCCUCUCCAGCAGCCUCCCCAGCAGCUCCUCCAAGGGUCCGAGGCCCCGGCCAGCCCACCAGCAGGAGACACUGCAGCCAAGAGGAUGCCAACGUGUCUAGGCAAACCCUCCUCCACAGCCACCUCCCCUGGCACCAGCUACCUGCCUGGCCUUGGCGCUGCAGAGAUAGAUUACAAGACCAACCCUAUGGUGAAGCCCCCUUACUCCUACGCCACCCUCAUCUGCUUGGCUGUGCGGGCCAGCAAGAGGGCCAAGGUCACCUUGUCAGCUAUCUACAGCUGGAUCAUGGAGAACUUCUGCUACUACCGGCAUGCUGAGCCCAGCUGGCAGAAUUCCAUCCGGCACAACCUGUCCUUGAACAAAUGCUUCCGGAAAGUGCCGCGGCAGAAGGACGAGCCAGGCAAGGGGGGCUUCUGGGAGAUCGACCCUCAGUACGCCCAUAUGUUCAUCGACGGUGUGUUCAAGCGGAGACAGCCGAUGGCCGCACCCUACAGCCCACCACGGCAGUGCCCUGCCGUGCCUGCCCUGGAGGCUGAGUGCAGCCUCUUGUCCCCCGUGCCCCACCUGGGGGAUGGGCAGCCAGGGCACACCCCUCACCAGGCCAUCUGCUGCCUGCUGCACCAGCACAGCCAACGCUGCCCCCUGCUGGAUGCCCCCAGCCCUCUGCUGAAGCACAGCUGCCCAGCAGCCAGAACUGCCCAGUCCCCUCUGCUGCCCUCUAGUGGCAGAGAUGCAGAGGCCCUGCGAGGAGAAUUCAAUUGGGCUGAUGCCUUUGAUGACGUCUUCCGGGGAAACAGCAGCAAUUUCGAGGACCUGGAUAUUAACGCAGCACUCAGCUCACUGUCCACAGAGAUGGACCUCGCCAUGCAAGGCAGGAAAGCUGGGCCUCAGCUGGGCUGGCUGCUAGGCCUAGCAGCUUCCCCUCCCACUCAGGGUGAAGAUGGCAGAGCUCACCCUGCCUUGGGAGUGGCCCGUGCUACCCUCUGGAGCAGGAAGCCAGUGAGGAGCAGAGGCAAACAGGCCACCUGGGUCCUGUUCCCUCCUGCCUCUGCCGUUAUCCUGCACUGUGACCUCAGGCAUGCGCAGCUUCGUGCCUUAGUUUCCCCACCUGUGAAAUGAGAAUGAUGCUGUCUUCCCCCUUGUCACGCACAUGAGUGACACUGUUACUGUCUAUCCUGCCCUACAGGGCCAAGCUGGUACCGCCCCACCUCAGCAGAGCAUCUCUCUGAGCCACCUCUGGUCUUAGCUGAGCACAUGAGUCAGUGAGCCUGAGUGUACGGGCUGGCCUGAGCUCCCAGCAUGCCCUGCUCCAGCCAGGGCUCAGCAGCAUGGUGGAAUAGCCACACAGUGAAGAAAGUGGCAGUGGGGAGCCAGCCUGGGUUGUAACUGGGGCAGAGGGGAACAUCACAAACUCUUAAAAGGGGGGCCCUGCUGCCACCAUGCUGCAGCUCUGCGAGUUAGUGCGUUCUGGGAACUGGGCAGCUGUCCUAUGGCGCUGCCAGCCCUGAGGCCAUGCACUGAGCAGUGCCAGCAGCAUGCGGGACAAGGAUCUUACCACUGGGAGGGAGGAUGGUGGCAAUACAGGGCCACUUAGAGACCUGCCCAUGUUGCAGCAGCAGGGUGCUGCAGGGAGCCCCAGGCUAGCCAGCAGCUGGGGUGAAGCACUCUCAUCUGCCUGGCUUACCAAUUAUGAACCCAGCUGCCCCCAUGCCCUGAACUGAACUUUCCCAGGCACCCCCAGGGCCAGCACCACCCACAGUGCAAUUGCAGCUGUAGCCCUUGCCAGGCUGGGAAACACCAGUCAUGUCAGGGGGUGACAUGGCUCUUGCUGCUGCAGGUCCCCUUUCCACCUGCUCAAGCCGCUGGAGCCAUGCUGCAGGCUGGGAAGGGGGCAGGGUUGCUCGAAAGAGACGGAGGCUAAAGCCAGCAGCCAUGAGGGGUCCGAGGGCUUGACCUUGCUGGUGCUACCAGCUCCUAGUGCUUACUGUGAACUGCCCACCUGUGCAGUCCCCACAGCUGGCCUCGUGCAACAGCUCCUGGGAGAUCCAGCUCCUGUCCAGGGCCCUAGGUGGCCACGCAGGGAGGGAGGUAGGAGCUGGGAUGAGGAUGAUCAGCAUAGGGCUGUUAUCCUUAGCUAGCAAUGGUGUUAAGAGUAAGGAUGUAAAAUACUAAAUGGUUAACUGGUUAACCGAUCCUAACCGUUAGCUGCAGCGCCAUGGUUCAGCCAGCCAGAGCAGCCCCAGCUGCAGAGGGUCCAGUCUCU